GUUUAAAGCAUCUGAGUUAACCAUACCACCAGCGCUACACAUCCAAACCAACAGGCUUUCGAAGAGCAAGUAUAAAGGUAAAGAUAAGUCGCUGCCCGAUUCAUGACCCAUUCGGAGUCCGGAAGUUGACGCAAACAGGUGUUACGUCGAGCCGCGUUCCCCCGUCAGAUACGGUUUCUCCACGGCGUUCUGACGUAUAAAAAAACAGCGUUUUAUCAGCUAAACGCGUUGUAAAGUGGCGUUUUGUUGCGCUUCGGGCUUUACAUAUUUAUCUUGUUCGAGAAGGCGGAGUUAGUUACGUUGUGCAUGGUUUUGUUGAGGCAGUUGUUAUCUUGUUCACACAUAUCGUCUUUGCAAGACGGAGCAUGCGCUUUGUGAAGCAUUAGCAGCGAGUUAACCCGGCAAACAGUGUGGUGUUUUUGCUUUGUAAGAGUGCGCUAUUCAGUGCGCUAGGAGUUGAAGUAUAAGCUGCAGAAAUAUUCCCGAAGAAGUGUUACUAUAAGGUGUUGUGGAGAGAUGGUGGGCUAUGACCCCCGGGCUCAGGAUGUAGCUCCUACCCCUCAGGAGGCAGUCAUCGCAGGUUCAUCUGCUGGGAUGGUCACUAGAGCCAUCAUCAGCCCAUUUGAUGUCAUUAAAAUCAGAUUUCAGCUUCAAAUCGAGCCUGUUUCUUCACAGAGACCCACGGGGAAGUAUUUGGGAAUCCUUCAGGCAACUCGAUGCAUUUACUCAGAGGAGGGCAUCUCUGCUUUCUGGAAGGGUCACAUCCCAGCUCAGUUUCUCUCCAUCUGCUUUGGAGCAGUCCAGUUUGUGAGCUUUGAGUUUCUGACUAAGGCGGUUCACAAGUCGACGCUGUAUGACAGUCAGACACCAGGAGUUCACUUUGUGUGUGGCGGUUUGGCGGCCUGCUCGGCUACAGUCGCCUGUCAGCCUCUGGACAUGCUGAGGACACGCUUUGCUGCUCAGGGAGAACCAAAGGUGUACAGAAACCUGCGUCACGCCGUGUCCACGAUGUGGCGCUCAGAGGGAGCGCUGACGUUUUACCGCGGCCUCUCUCCAACACUGGUGGCGGUGUUUCCUUACGCUGGACUGCAGUUCUUCUUCUACAACAUCUUUAAAAAGCUGUUGUCUCCCCCAUCUAAAACUAGGGACUCUGGAGGAACCUUUAGRAGCCUGAUUUGUGGCAGCGGAGCUGGAAUGAUCAGCAAAACCAUCACGUAUCCAUGUGACUUAAUCAAAAAGAGGCUGCAGGUGGGCGGGUUCGAGAAAGCCAGGGCUCACUUCGGAAAGGUGCGGAGCUACAGCGGCCUGAGAGACUGCGUGGUCCAAGUGGCCGAAGAGGAAGGCUUGCGGGGAUUCUUCAAAGGCCUCUCGCCCAGCCUGCUGAAAGCUGCGCUGUCAACAGGCUUCACUUUUUUCUGGUAUGAGUUCUUUCGCAACGCCUUGUGUAACGCCAGGGAGAAACGGAAAACAAACGUCCCCGCCAAAGACCGAGGGGCGAGAUAACGAACAAAACGGCGCAGACGAGGCAAUCACGCACAAUUAAAGCACACUUGACGUCUUGUUGCACUGGACAAGUUACUGAACAAAGCGAAGCAGGUCAGUGGUGGGUUCUGUUUACACAGGUGAAUGUGGGGUAAAUAAUCUUUAUAUAUCAGGUGUUAUAUAAUUGUAUAAACAUCCUAUUUGUUAAAUGUCAUUUAAUUUGCAUUUUGACAUUUCAUAUUUCAUUCAUAUUUAAAUGUCAGUGGGUUUAUGAGUGCCCUGGAUUAUCAGUAAAUUCCACAGGAAUGUAAUAACAGUAACUCUGUGAGUGAGUCUUACUGCCUGAGUGUUCCCUUGUUUUUGUUUUGUUCUUCUUGAGAGUGGCCUGCUUGGUCUGCAGAAAAAAUAAUCAAGCAUCACUCUGACAGCCGUUGUAUAGGAAUUAUGAGAUUGCWCAAUUAUGCUCUUAUUUUGUUGUCACUAUGCUUUUAUUUUGUUCAGUCUGAGGUUGGGCAAAAUAGUAUUGUGUGUGGUUAAUCGUCAGAAUAUUUGCUGCUUUGCAAUUACUUCAAUUAUGUGAUGAUAUAUUUUUGUGUGUGACACACUUUCACUAUCAGACCCACAAGUAAGCAUAAUGGUGGACGGCUUUGGCCACAUACAAGUGCAAUUGUCAUCUAUUAAUCCUCGCAUUAAUCAUUAUCGGCUAAACAAUUAAUCAUGAUAAGUUUUUUUCCCCAAUAUUACUCAACCCUAGCUCAGACUGUUCAAAGGUUUAKUGUUGACUUGAGAAUUUGUCAUCAGAUUGGAUGAGGGAAACUAGUAAAUAUUAGUUGUGUGUUUGCUGUUGUUGCAAGAAGAUGGUGUGAGCAAAACAAACAAAAAAAGAUUAUUUACUUUGAUAUGUUAAUAAUAAAACCAGUCAGGAAGUCGUUCAUUCAGAGAUUUAACACUAUAUUUUGUACACACGUGUGCCGACAUGACUGUCCUUCACUGCGACUCUGAAGUCUUUACUUUGCAGAUAAAAAGAAAUAUUUAUCACCCAGUAAACCUGAUUUAUCAAAGAGAGUUUUAUCAACUAUCUGAUGUAAACACAGGUUUAAACAUGAUGCUCAUUCUGCUUACAACAGGAGAUAUUUGUAUAUAGUGUCUGUGGAGUUUAUCUUUUUUUUUGAGAGUUUAAAAAAAGUUUAUUUGAAAUAUAAGUUGACAUGUGUGCUGUAAAUGUAACAUUUCCAAAGAUUUCCUAAUUCAACGUUUUGGGUCAUUUUCCUAAAAAAAAUCCAUCUUAAGUCAGAAGAAUGUACAUUACACAUUAAUGCAACAUCACUUUUGCUUUUAUUUAAGAUUGCUUUACACAGGAAUAAAAAGGGUAUAAACUGCA